GCCGGACGUGAUUGCUCUAUACUGUGUGGGGCUUCAGACCGACCACGACACCCCGCACUUCGCUGCGACUCUUUCAAUCACUCCAAACACUAGAUACUUCCAGUGCCAAUAAGUCACAACCACAGUUGCGAAGUUCUCCCAUCCUAAUCAGUCAGUCAAUAUGCCUCAAAGCUCCAACUCCUCCUCCUCGAGCUCCGGCUCCAGCUCCAGCGGCACCGGCUACACCACGACCAGCUCUGGAACCAACGAUUCGGGCAACCACUACUGCUCGCGCGACUACGGCUCCGGCGCGUCGAACUCCAACUCUUACCACUACUCCAACACCGAUGGGUCUUACUACUACAGCAACCCUGACGGCUCGACUUACUACAACUCUGGUGAUGGGCACGCGAAGUACACUUCUGGCAAGUAGGUGGCGAGCGCAGACUGCAUGCAGCAUGCCAUCACAUGACCAAAGCCGAGGAGGUUAAGUAGCAGAGGAUAUUUCGGCCUGAGGCAAUGUAAACAACUUCAAUCACGGGUCGUACCUUCAUUGCUACACAAUCAAGACGGCUAUUCAUCUUAC